UUCAGUCUUUCUUUUGCGUGCAUGAAACACGAUGCUAUAUAACACGAAUCCAAUUGAAAAGGAACAAGAACAAAAACUAUGGACGAUAUACGCAUGGUGGGCCAGUGUUCUUAUUUUGAAGAUGAUGUCCUUGACUUGGAUCACAGGACGAGUUCGUGUUGCCAAACAGGUGAUACAUAGCGAGGAGGAUAGAAUAUGGAUGAAAGGAAAUCAAGUGAUAAUGUGCCCAAACGGUGGUGGACAUCCGGCAGUGGAUCGUAUCAGGAGUGCUCAUUAUAAUGAUCUAGCAAUUGUUUUACCUUAUCUAUUGAUCGUACCGAUUUGGUUGAAUACAUCUCCAUGUUUUCUCUCAGCGAGAACGAUUAUGUUAAUAUUUGCUAUUAGUAAUAUGUUAUCGACUUUAAUGCAUUUGGAAAUAAUCGAGGCACCUAAUCUUUAUCAUAUCUUAUGCCGUAUCUGUUGUACCGCCAUUUUAAUGUACAUUUGUCUAUCUUGUAUGGUACUAUAUUUACAUAUAGUAAUAUAAGAUAUUUUCAGCGGU